AUGGCUCCGGAUGAGGGGACUGCCUCCAACACCGACGCAAAGAGCGUGCUUUCUGGUCCAUUGCCGCCUCCCUUACCUAUCCCUGCUGCGGCGUCUAGUUACAUUAAUUCACCCCCGCCUGGUAGUACUGAUAUGAGCAGUCAUGCUAGUAAGAGGGAGCGGAGGAGGGCGGAGAGGAGGACGGUGUCGAGGCAGGGGAGGCAUAAUGUUGAGUUUACUUGA